GACGCAGCUUGUGCAGUCAGGUUUUUGGAUCUGAGUGGUACCCGCCUGACGGCCGACUCAGUCGGUCACGUCGCGAGCGCCUUCAUGGGCCAGUGGGACGCCAACGGCGAGGAACGUGUGAUCGAGCAGCACAGUUGCAGAAGCGCCGCUUCAGGUGCUUUUGUGCCUGUGCUGGAUCUUUCGCACAAUGCAUUAGAGGAUUCUGGAGUGGAGGCUAUCGCCCAAAGUGUUGUGAGGAGCGUUUGCCUUCGCCUGCGGAAUGUCGGAUGUACGAAAGAUGGUCUGCAAAAGCUCCUGAAAUGCCAUGAAUGGAUCGUGGAGCUCGAUGUGGGCAGAAAUCCGAUAGGUGUGGUGGAUCUGACCGGUCUCUUUUCCGUUGUCAAAAGUUCAAAACAGUGGGAGGUGCUCAACAUCUCCAGACUGGCGGUGCUUGCAGGUUUCGAAUACACUGCAAAUCUGGUCACACCAGAGAUGGUGGAGUGCCUCCGGAAAGCUCCAGGAUUGAAAGAUGUGGACUGCAGUGAGAAUCGACUCGAUGAUGAUCGUGCCAAAAUCAUUGUCGAGGCUGUGAAGGACUCUGAGACAGAUCGCUUGCAGCGCUUGGCGAUGAACGAAUCAGGAUGUGGUAUUUUGACAGCAGAAGCUCUGAAGGCGGUGCUCAGCCAAAGAGCCAUGCUGAGUGGAAGGGUCCCCUACGGCAGCAGCCGAUGUACAGCUUUGCGGAUCCUUGAGCUCAGAGGCAACAAGCUCCAUGACGAUUGCAUGAAGAUUUUUUCGCAGGGUCUGGGAGACAGCAUCUCGUUGGAGAAGCUGAUCUUAGCAGGCGAAAGCCUGGAAGCAACACAUGGAGCUCUCAUGGUCUCCAAGCUCAAGGUAGAAAACUGGGAUGUGCUGGACUGGCGACAGCAGCCACGGCGCCCGUUCAAGAGAUCCUUCGUCCCCUUUGAUCCGGAUGCAGUGGAGAGUUUUGGAGGUGCAGCCAAGGUCGCCAAGAGGGAGUUUUUGCAGCAUCAAUGCCUCCGCCUGUGUGCCAUGGCUGAAAUUGCUCGUGCGCACGACAGUGACUUGGACACAUCGCCAAGCAAUCUUCGUGGAAUCUUGAACAUUGUCCAGACAAACCCCAUACUGUCUCUUCUCCUGGUGUGCUUCGUGCCGCUGGGGUUUACUUCCCAUGCACUGGGGCUUCAACCAUCCUAUGUCUUCGGAUGCAACUUCAUGGCCAUCAUUCCACUAGCAUGGAUCAUCGGCAAGUCCACCGAGGAUCUGUCUGCCGCCGUCGGUCAGACGAUGGGCGGCCUGCUAAAUGCCUCUUUUGGAAACCUGGUUGAGAUGCUUCUUGUUAUCGCGGGCAUUCGAAGGAACCAGGUCGUCGUGGUUCAGUGCACUCUUUUGGGAUCAAUUCUCAGCAACUUGCUGUUGGUAAUGGGAUGCGCCUUUCUCCUCGGCGGAUGGUUCUACGCUACACAGAAAUACUCUCAACAAGGUGCCUCAACUCAGUGCACUCUGCUCGCACUGAGCGUCUUCUCCAUAGCCCUACCAACGCUGUAUGCGAAAAUUCUCGAGGAAACUCAAGAGUUCGAGCACAUGCUGCAGGUAUCUCGCUGGUCCUCUGUGUUUCUCUUGGUCACUUACGCCGCAUACCUGUAUUUUCAGCUCGGAACUCACCAAGCACUCUUCGAAGACCUUUCUGGCGAGGAGGAAGAGGAGGUGCCGGAUCUGACACCGGGUUUCGCGGCUGUCGUGCUGGCGGUGGCAACCGUAGUGACAUCAUAUUCGACAGAUUUCUUAAUCGAUUCCAUCGAAGGCACUGUGGAAAAAUAUGACCUCUCUCAGGAAUUCAUCGGAAUUAUACUGCUUCCUAUUAUUGGGAAUGCUGCGGAGCACUACACGGCCAUCACAGUGGCCAUGCGGAACAAGAUGGACCUUGCCCUUGGAGUUGCUGCAGGGUCCUCAUGCCAGAUGGCCCUUUUGGUAACACCGUUCAGCGUGCUCGUAGGAUGGGCCUUCGACAGGGAGAUGUCCUUGGAUUUCCACUCCUUUCAGGUUGCUGUGCUCUUCAUAUCAGUUUUCCUGGCUUCGAGCAUUCUCAGCAAUGGCACGUCGAAUUGGCUGGAGGGGCUGAUGCUGUUAGUGACGUACAUCGUGUUAGCGCUGAUCUAUUUCUUUGAGGGAGCUGGCAAAGGUCACUCUCUUGCAGUGUUGGAUUGA